CCCUUCUCUUAUAGAAACGGCCCAACACAAUUCGGGAGAAUUUACUUUUUGCCAUCCUCUAAAAAUACCAGUUCUCAAAUGCCACUCUCCCCAAAUUUCAUUUCCAAAUACCACCUGCGUCCACAUGUCAGCCGGUGAUUAUUUUGAAACUCGAUGACAACAUGAGGGGCCUCAUGUGAACUUUUUCCUACAGAAUCGAAUGACAAGGGCCGGCCCAAUUGGGCGGAAUCCGAGCUAGUGCGGCGCCUCCGCCACCUCCUCCACAAACCCCGAGCCGGCGAGACGAGCACCUGCCGCCGCUGCCGCCCUCAACCGGCACUAGCAGAGCGCAGAUGGGCAUCGCCACAUUGCCGCUCGCUGCCUUCGCGACAGGGACGAGUUCGGCUCCGACCUGAGGCCUCUGCAUGCGCAUGCGCUGCUUUGGCUCGCGCCAUGGCUGCUCUUCUACUUGCGCACACGAGGGGAGCACGUAACCAAAACAUGGCGUUCUCCUAGUCUUCUCCCCCUGUUGAUCGCCGGCGCCGUAGCCGUCGACGACGACGCUGGCCGCCCGCCGUGGACGUCGGUGAGCGCGCGGCGUGCAGCAACAGCAGCGCGUGCGACCGCCUCCGGCGAGGCGAGCAUGUGGCCCCCACCCUUGGCCAACCUGUCAGCGAAUUGAAAGUGCGGCCCCACCUGCCAACGACUAACUAGACGUGAGCAUGACGUCAUCGAUCAUCUGCGGGCCCACCUGUCGGCGAGCGGGAGAACCCCUUGAAAUUGCGGCCGCCUUGGCGCCGCGAGCCCCAAAACCGCAACCGCCUCAACGAACGCCUCCUCCUUCCUCCGCCGCUCUCCCCUCGCCGGAGCGCCGAGAGACCAAGAGCGCCCCCGGCGCUGCCUCCGCCGCUCGCCGGAGCGGAGCCCGGAAGCAAUGGAGCGGUUCCAGGACCGGCACCACGUGUGGCUGCGGAGCCGCGAGCACGGCCUGUACCUCCACGCCGACCUCGCCGACGGGAGCAGCGUCUACCUGCACCCGUACCGCGCGACCGCGCGCGCGGCGUGGGCGGUGCACGUGCUCCACCACUUCGACGGCCGCAUGCUCAUGCUCCACAGCGCCGCCAACGGGCGGUACCUGGCGGCCACGACCUCGCCGUGGGCGGCGACCGCGGCGCGGUUCGGCCUCGGCGGUGGCAACCGCGUCACCCUGCGCGACCUCGACCGGCUGCCGAUGUUCGCCGCCGGCUGGUUUCCCAUCGUGUCGGCAUCCGGGGACGUCCUGCUGGGUCACGCUAGCGACCGAUUCCUCCGAGCUAUCGACAGAGGGGAUGGCAAUGGCGUCACCGUCGAGGUGUCCGACAGCCGCAGACCGAACACGCCCUGGGUGGUGGAGGCCAUCCCCCCGAUAGAAUCCAUACCUCGCCUUCCACAUCUUGUGGGCAUAGGACACAUUGCACGGGCAAUCCGGUUCGUGCGAGCAGAGCGGGCAUCUACUGAUGGGACCUUUCCCCAUGUCGCCUGGGCUUGUUUCGAGUUCACCGGGAGGUCAUUGUUCAAUCUGAGGACGGAGCUGGCGCGUAGGUUGAACUUUGCAGUGGUCUCCGAUGUCAUUAUGUGUGUUCGAGCGGGCUUGUUUGGACGGCUGACUCCUCUGAUCACCGAUCUGCCUCCCAACAAUGUGACCAUGGAGAUCAUCGUUGUCACGGCUGGGACGAUUGAUGCCAAUGAGUUGAGAUUCCCCAAUGUUGGUGCAGUCUAGAGGAAGACAGAAGUGCAGGAGCAGAACAUCUGACAGUCACUCCCCCAUUCAUCGUUUCAGAAUUUUUUUGCUGGCUCAGACCGAAUGACAGGAGAAAUCAAUGGAAUAGGCUUCAGAAAGGAAACCACCAUCUGUUCUGUUUCCCGGUUGUUAGCUAUGGGAUGCUCUGAUGUCUUGAAUGCCUGAACAUCGCGUUCUGACAUUUGCUGUACUUUCCAUUGUCAUCUGUAUGAUAUGACUGAUGAUCCAUACAUUUGCAGAUGUGAAAUGUUGUGCUCAAGUCUGAAUACACAGAGCUCAUCUGUAUGAUAUAUAGUACUA